AUGUUUAAAUAAAAUUCAUUUUCUAAGAUAAUCCCACUUCUGGAUAAGACACGCCAUAAAGGCCAAAAUGGGAAGAUUGCCAGUAUUGGGAGAUCAUUUGAAUAAACAGGAGCACCAUAUUAUGCAGCCAUUUCCACAUUGAAAGGAGGAGGAGAUUUGGCAUAAAUCUUUAGUACUAAUUAGCUGCAAUCCCUAUAAAGAGUUAUAGUCCUGAAUGCAUAGUCUAUCCUUAUCUAUUAGAAGAAGGCUAAGAAUAAUAACUGCGUGAUUCAAUUAAUAAAUUAUUGUCAUCUGCUCAGGUAAUGCAUUCAUUAGUGAUUGGCCCUGGGUUAGGAAGAGAACAAUUACCAGCAAAGUCUUUAUGAAGAACUAUUCAAAUAAAAUAAUAGUAUCAAAAUAU